UGACCUGGGUCGGCUGUUGAAAGGGAGUGAAUAUUGGUUUUGUCAGUAGCUGCGUCUUUUAUUAGUUUUGAGUCUUAGGUAUCCAUCUUGCAGUCCGAGAUCCAAGAUGGAAAAAGUCUGUGCUGUUUUUGGAGGCUCCCGGGGGAUCGGCAAGGCUGUAGCCCAGCUAAUGGCCCAGAAGGGUUACCGCCUGGCGAUCAUCUCCAGAAACUUGGAAGUGGCCAAAGCCACCGCCGGCGAGCUCGGCGGAAACCACCUGGCAUUUAGGUGCGAUGUUGCCAAAGAACAAGAUGUUCACAGUACCUUUGAAGAGAUGGAGAAACGUUUAGGUCCAGUGCGCUUCUUGGUAAAUGCAGCUGGUAUUAACAGAGACAGUCUUCUAGUAAGAACAAAAACUGAAGAUAUGAUAUCUCAGCUUCACACUAACCUCCUGGGCACCAUGCUGACCUGUAAAGCCGCUAUGAAGACAAUGAUUCAGCAGGGGGGAUCUAUUGUUAACGUGGGGAGUAUUAUUGGUUUAAAAGGCAAUGUGGGCCAGUCCUCGUACAGCGCCACCAAAGGAGGGCUUGUUGGGUUUUCCCGCUCGCUUGCUAAAGAGGUUGCACGGAAGAAAAUCAGAGUGAAUGUGGUUGCACCAGGUAGGGCUGACUGCGUGGGACUGAUCACCUGUGGCAGCCCAUCCCCGGAGGAGAUGGAUCAUCCUUUCCUCAGCAGCCUGUAGUUGCUCGUGGCUCUUCAUCUUGGGGUCGGGCCUUGUGAGUCCCCAUACAUCCUGACGGUCACUGGGCAGGGCUUGUUUGGGUGACCACAGUGUUGAGAUUUCAUGCAUACAGCUUCCCCAUCAUAUGCAGAGAGAACCUAUUGCAUAGCAGAUACUCUGGUCCUAUGACUACAAUCUUUCCACGCCGUGUUCCCUGAGCAUUAAGCUAGGGGUUGUAAGUUUUUAAUAUUAGCAUUAACUAUUUUAUUUCACUCAACUUUCAUAACCUGAAGUGGUUAUAGGGUUUAUUCUGGGGUAUCCUUGAAAAAAAGUUUGCUAACAUGCAGCAUUGGAGUUCAUGAAAUCCAUGGCUUCUCGAGAGAAUUGGAAUCUUCUAGAUUCUGGCUUCUCACUGAAGAUUUCAUCUUUGGGCCAGUUGUGGUGGCAUACUUCUUUAGUCUCAGCACCCCGGAGGCAGAGGCAGGUGGAUUUCUGUGAGUUUGAGACAAGCCUUGGCUACAUACAGAGUUCCAGGCUAGCCAGGGCUGCACAAUGAGACCCUGUCUUGUAACAGCGGGUUCGCUCAUUGCUUGAAAGUCUGCAGAGGCAUUUUGACUGCUGCCUUCACCCCUUCCUGCCCACACUGUAUGUAAAGAUGAAAGGAAAUGUUGCUGACUUCUCAAAUAAAUGUGCUCAGACUUUUCUGACAGAGGGGGUUAUGUUUCACAGUGUAGUCUCACAGGCACUACAAAAUUAGUCUUGUUAUUUCUGGCCCUAGUUAUAGAUUGUCUUUAACUCAUAUUUUUUCAAUAAUUUUAUCAGCAAACAGAAACACAAACACAAACACACACACACACACAGAGAAAGAGAGAGAGAGAGAGAGAGAGAGAGAGAGAGAGAGAAACAGAGCGAGCAAGAACUUAAAAGGAGAAAAAUACAAAGAAAAUCAUCACCUGGUAUAUAAUUCUGGUGACUACUGUCACUUGUCCCUCAGAUGUUCAGAGAUACUCAGAUGUUAGCAUUUUGGAAUGUAUAUUUUGCUUUGUUUUCGAUAGUGACAUAAUGGAAUUAACUUCUAACCUGCUUUUAAGAUUACAGAUGUAAUGUAAAUAAAAAUAUAUCGAAUUAAAAAAAUAUCCAAAAAAAAAGAUUACAGAUGUGAAAUCUUCAUUUAUGACAUUAAUACCAAACAUUGUUCUAUGUAUGCUGUGGAUAUAUCAGGUCUUAACCCAUUCCUUGUUGAAA